AUGAACUUUUUGGUCCAUGGCUUCGCGGCGGGAAACUCGUCUGCAACGAGCUUCUGCCAUCGCAGAAAAUUCGUGUUCGAGGAAUUUGAUCUGCUCGUGUUGUACCAGACCAUGCCGAGGAGCGACAAAACAUGCGAGGUCCCCCACUCGUGCCACGAACCCUUACCGAGCGGCCGCGUUUCAGCAGGCCUUAUGCAUAUUAACUUUUUGGUCCAUGGCUUCGCGGCGGGAAACUCGUCUGCAACGAGCUUCUGCCAUCGCAGUGCUGAAACGCGGUGGAUGGUCGUGAUGGACGGUGCCAAGAUCCUCUUUGAGCGCUGGGAUGAGAUCGCGUGGCUUUUUGGCGAUUUGGCGGCGUGCAACAUCGGCAAAACCGCGUACAGAAAUUACUGGCUAAAAUUCGCGGUCGCGCUUGAAGACCCGCUGAUCCUUGUGCAAGUGAUUUUUGCGGCACGUCUUGGAGAGCUUGUGUUCGACUGGGCGUACAACUGGAUUCGUGGCAAGGGGGGGUUCUUUCUGAAGGGCGAGGGAGUCGGUCGGCGACUGUUUCCUGGGAUGCGGCUGGUCGAGGUUGCUGACUUCUCGUGACUGCUGCUGCAAAAAGUGGAGACUAUCCGCAAGGAGCCCAACACCUAUGUUCGGGUGCUGCUCGAGCGCGUGGACGAGGGCAGCCUGAGCGAGGCGGAGAAGAAACACUUUAUGGUGAACUUCAGCGAGGACAGGUUUUUUUUUGCGGAGUUCAAGAUGCGGUGGAUCAAGUGGAUGCAGCAGCAUCAGGAGCUACCUUUGAGCAUGGCGCGGAUUGGUUGCCCAUCGUCUUACGCGCGGAUGGGGAUAAUGGGGAAGGGGCUGGUAGAGCAGGCGGUGGGGCCGGGGUAUGCACGUGCAUUUCUGCAUAUUCGGUAGCCUGAACGAUACGAGGGAGAGCCGCGCUCGGAGAGGGAGAUAGAGUACCGCGUGCAGCUCGGGAAAGAUUUUGGGGGGGUCAUCGACGCAAGGAAGAAAGAUGAGUUGACGUUUGGUCUUUUCUCGAUUGUGGAGGAGGAUGCAGAAAUGAGGUGUGAGGUAGAAGGAUAUGCGGAGUCUGGGUUUGGGGACAAGGAGGUUGAUGAGGAAGCAGAGAAGGGUACAACUGCGCUGGUGCGUCUUUUCGAAAAAUUCCCUCGCUUGUACAAGUUCGUGUGUGUGCGCUUCUACUUCGUGCCUAUUCACCAGCAGUUGAUCGAGGCCAUCUUUUCUAAGUACGACACGUGCGCAAAGAGAACGGACGUGGCUGUGAUGGAUUCCGUUCGGGUUGGGAGUUGGCAAACCGAAGAGUCCAGAGAUAUCCCAAGCAGUGGUGCCACCGGCAGUGAAAUUCGUGCGGCCGGCACCAGGAGGCUGGCUGGGUGGAGAAAAGCGAAGGCGGCGGCCCUCGCAGAACACCCAGCCGGAAACGCAAAGAGAAAGAGAGUUUUGGAUACGGAAACUGGGCGGGCGAUGGUGGAAGAGAUGAAGCGGGAAGGGGGUUUGCCGACUCGGAGUGGUGUGCACGCUGACCAAACGUAGGUGUGUUGUGUGUGACGUGGAUUUUUGUCACCGGAAAAAAAAAAAACUCCGCACCAAAAAUCAUGUCGACUUUUUGUACCCUGCUGGGUGCGCCACCACCUUCUGCAUUCUGCGAAGGCUGCAGCCAGUUAGCUGCAGAGAGACACCGAGAGAGCCGAGUAUCGGUUGUGGUGUUCUGUCGCGUUGAAAACCAUGCCAUCACACGUGUUUCAUUAUUGAUGCCUGCUUAUCAUGCUGACACACACAAACUUCGCGCGCAAUUUGCGCCCCCAAGUUGAAGUUGAACUGCAGCACAAAACCGACGCAACUCACGCCGACCAAAAGCAAUCCAGAACCCUGCCACGCCUGCAAGAGCUAUCACAGCACAUCACAGCUCUCGAUACAACCAGGCACGCAACCAUCUUCGCGAGAACCACGUGCAUGCAUAGCUGCAAGAUGCAUACCAAAACAAAAAAAAGUCAGCUCUCCUCACAGCUUUCCUCCGAGCUCCCCCCCCCGUCCCCUUCUUGUGCCUUCGUAGACAGCGUCCUUUCGCGACCACUCCUCCUCAGGGUAGUGGCUGCUGCUGCAGUAGUAGGCGCCGUUGCUUUUCCUUUUCCCUUGCCCUUUCCUUUCCCCCUCCGGUCGCCUGUCCGCCUU